AUGGACAUGGAAGCCAUAAAAAUGCUGAUGUCGCAAAGCGGAGAUGCGAACAACAAGUCCAAUUGCCAUAUAGCCGCGAUAUUACGAGGCAGCAGCCACAGCAGCGGCAGCAGUGAAAGAAAAAAGAAAGUUAUUGCUGGAGCCGGUUGUGGCAGUGGUUCUACUGGCAACCUGCUGCAGCCAUUCAUUGCUACACUUUGCAUAUUGUUGGUGGAUCGGCAGAGCCUCGCUCCUGCAUCGGCAUCAUCAUUGGCGCCCGCCAAUGAAACCGCCUGGCCACCCAUGUAUCAUUAUGAUAUUUGGAACGACAAUCAAAAUGAAUCGGACACAGAGGAAGAGGGGGAUGAGGUGACUGCCAUUGAAAUCCAGGAACAAGUAGAGGUGGCGCAGCCAGCCAUCCCCGAGCAGAGUCUCAAUCAGAGUCUGGGAGGGAAUAGCAGACAUGGCAAGGUGAUUCAUCUGUUUCCUGUGCCCGUCGAUGGGGAAUGCCUGUCCAACGAUGGUCGUCGCAUGGGCAACUGCCUGAAUGCUUACGAGUGCCGCCAAAAGGGUGGCCAGGCCCAGGGUGAAUGUGCCAUGGGAUUCGGUGUCUGUUGUGUCUUUUUGGCCAGCUGCAAUGUCACCAUAACCAACAACAUCACCUAUAUCGUCUCGCCUAGUUUUCCCAGUUUCAUGCCCACAAAUUUCAGUGGCUGCAGUCUAAAGGUCAAAAUGAUGAGCGAUGAUAUCAGCCAGUUGAGGAUCGACUUUCAUCACUUUACGCUGGGACAACCGAAUCGACGCACGGGCGUCUGUGAGGGCGAUGUAUUCAACAUCAGUGGAGGGCCAGGCGGAUCCAUCUCCCUUUGCGGUCAGAAUAGUGGACAGCAUUUGUACUAUGAUGUUGGAGCUCGUGCCUCGCCACGUCAAUCCCCAUUGUAUGGCAGCCUACGUCCCGUUGAUGCAGUCAAUGUGAGCAGCCCGAGCAAUGCCACUGGUGAUCGCUUCAUUGACAUCAAUCUCAACCUGUCCAAUCGGUUUCUGCCACUCCGCAUUUGGGAGAUGAGCGUGGUGCAGAUACCCUUCAGCCAGCGAGCUCCGGCGGGUUGUCUGCAGUACCACACGGGUAUCGAGGGCGUCAUGCAGACCUUCAACUUUGCCGAGAAUGGAAGGCACCUAGCCAACCAGAACUAUCGCAUUUGUGUGCGCCAGGAGACGGAUAUGUGCUCGAUUAUAUAUCAGCCUUGCGAUGAGCAGUCAUUUCGGAUUGGUGGAGGUGGGAGAAUGGCUUCGGGAACAACAGCUUUCUCGUUGAAUGACGACGGAAUUGGGCCAGCUGCGAAUCCUGAUCCAGCUAUGGCACAGUCCGAUAAUGCAGGUGGAGGAGGACCAGCUGCCCCAGCUAAUGGGGGAACGACUACAUCGGCUCCAACGUCUACAAGCCUGAUGCAGAUGCUGGCUAGCAUGGCCAACUCUACCACCACGACAUUGAUGUCGAUGAUGUCGAGCAAUUCUACUGCAGCGGCGUCAUCGGGGACUAGUUCGACCGCCAGCAGCAGCACAGCAGCCAUGACCACGACGACAACAAGCACCACUCCGGCUCCUCUACGCUCCAGCACAGUGGCCGCCACCGAAGAGAGCACAUCUUCCUCUGAGGCGCCAGCUUCUUCACCGGCCAGCGAUGAUGUGGAAGGUUCAGGUGGGGAGGAUGGUGUCGACGAUGACGGCGACAACGAUGGUGGCUUCCUUUUCUUUAGAAGUCCUCCAACCACAGAAGAGCCCGGUUUUUCACGACGUCCACGGCCGGUGGGCAGCAGGCCUAGUGGAGGAUUCGAUCUUUUCGGCUUCUUACGGAACGCUUUUGAUUUGCAACUGCGACGGCGGCGUCGUCGCGAGGCCCGACAAUUCUUCAGCACCUGCACGGAUCGCAUAACAAUGCCCUGCAUCAUCGAAGACUUCAUUGGUACUGGCCUGGGUCCCCUGCCCGGCUGUGAGCCCGUCCACUGUGGUGCCCAGUUCUGCUCAUCGGGCAUUCGGCCAUGCCGCAUAGAAAGUACCGUCACCCCCUUCUACAUUGGCGUUCAUUUUGGCGAUGGCGUGGGUGUGGGUAAGGCAAAUGCUGAAGACAAUGUUGGAGCCUGUCUGCGCUUCUCCCAGGUGCAGUGCAUGUGA